UCGACUCUCGCGCGCGCGAUUUAUCGACGAUAUUCGGUGAAGUUGAAUUUUUCUUCUUCUGUCAUCGAUCGAACGUAGCAUUCUACUCUUGGAUUAUACUCUUUGCAUUAUACUCUUGGAACAGUUUUUUUAUUAAUAGCCUUUUAGUGCGCUGACACUGCGAUAAGGGGACUCAGGUGAUUCAAGAUAAUGGCUGGUCAUGCGGCCUGGGUUAUCGGCUGUUUUGUCACGGGAUGCUUUUUACUCCCACCAACAUCGAACGUGUGCGGCCAUUUCCAUGCUUACCCGUCGCAUUAUCAAUCAUGGCUACGUUAUCAACCACCACCACCACCCAGACCACCGAGGCAACCAAUCGACUUGAUGACUGAUGCGAUCAAUCGUUUGGGCAUGAGAGUACUACAGCAGUACGUCGAGCCUGGUAACGUUGCAUUUUCGCCGGCUGGUCUUGGCUUCAUUUUAGCCGCGCUUUAUGAAGGUUCAGCUGGGAAAAGUCGACAGCAGAUCGUUGAGUGUUUGGGAUUACCGCACGACAGAAAUGUCGUGAGAGUUGGCAUGAGGGACAUACACAGAAGGUUAAGGACGUAUCUAAACCCCGACGGCUUUCUCGGUGGUCUCAACCUCAAUCGUGAGAAUACAUCACUGCGCACUGACUACGAGGGUAUACUACGAUUUUACGGCUUCGAUCUCACCAUCGAUUUGUCGAACUUCACGGCAAACGCCACCGCUGGGAAUUUCGGCUUGAGAGGAUCGAUGACUACACCCAAUCCAUUAUCGACUCAAGCAUUCACGACCGAUGCGCAAGCUGACUCGACUACGACACCUGUAAUUGAUACGACUAUGACUACCAUGCCACCAACUACUGCUAAUGUUAUUAAUACAGAUGCAGGCGCCGCUGCAGCAACGAUGAUAACGACGACGACAGGUGCACCCACGACGACGAUUGACACGUCAGUUGUGAUUAUAUCAAAUCCGACGACAAUGCUCACUACCGCUGCUCAAACAAUGACUACACCAUCACCCACUACUACACCCAUUACGACGCCACCAACUCCGGCCAGCAUACAAGCCACGACGUCACCACCAACUACUACGACCACUAUGCCAACCACCACCACCACCACCACACAAGCAACAACGACAACGACAAUGCCGACGACAACAACGACGCAGCCAACGACAACGACAGCGCAAACUAGUGCGAUGUUGUCGUCGACGUUACCGCGGAUGAUGAUGACGAGUCUGGGACCAACUUCAGCUGACCUACCUACAACAACGCAAUUUAUGAUAUUGGAGGAUAUAGCCACGGUACUUCCACCCACGCUGAUACCAUCUUUCAGGAAAAAAAGAAGUAGUUUUAACAGGAGGCGGACUAGACUUGAUCCAAAUGGUGAUAGGAGAAGACGAAGCUACAGCGAAGGAUAUUUUUCUAGUUAUCCAGACGAUGGACUCUGGAUGCAAGAUUUGGGUAUUUGGUCUGAUCAGCAGCAUCAGCAACAGCUUCAAAUACCUUCGAAUAUCCGUGACCCCGGGGAGUUACAAUUUUUAGUUAAUGGCUGCGAGUUUGCGAGUGUACUUGCAGCUUCUUAUACAUCAGUUCUACCCUUCGCCUACUUUCCUACGCUCAAGGCUUCUGCGUUGGAGUUUCCACUUGACAAUCCUCGGUACAACGUACUACUGCUGUUACCGAACGAAAAGCACGACGCUCAACGACUAUCACGGGAGCUUUCGGGACAGAAUCUAAGGCUCCUACGUAACCAGCUGCAACCCACUACUGUACGAGCUACUAUACCUUCAUUUUCACUUAGGGGCUUUGUCACCCUCACCUCCUACCUUCAACGGCUCGGCGUGCGAGACGUGUUCGAGCCGCGUUUAGCUGACUUGUCGCCGAUGACGCCAGAUCUGAAUGUAUACGCACGCGACAUCCAGCAGAGCAUAGCAGUGAACAUCCGAAACUACAUGAAUGGCGACGCCAGUGGAAUGCCGCAGAAUCCAAUGCAAGCCGAUCUGUCGCAACGUCGUGAUCCUUGGAGAUAUCAACGGCCAGUGAACGACAGAUACAGUAUAGUGCCGUUCAUAGCCGAUCAUCCGUUUCUGUAUUUCAUCAUAGACGACGAGACAUCGGUGGCCCUCAUAGCUGGACGCAUCGACGACCCCCUCAACUCCAGAAUUCUAUGACGCUCACGCUCGGCCCAUUCGCAUGUAAAUGGAGAUUUGAUUCCGACAAGCUGGGACGUGACAUGCCUAUGACGCAUACAUCUCAUAAUUAUGCGACUAUGUCAUGCAAUUUUUGUCAUGGUAGACAGUUUCGUCGAUUAAUUUUCAUUCUUCAAAAUAGGAUGGAUUAUUAUACUGAUUGAUAGGAUUUCCGCGUCUAUCUAUUUAUUUCUUUUACUCGAGUGAAUGAUGGUUUCGGGUCAAUGGUAAUCAGAUUUCUCUUGUACAGAUACGUUUACAAAUUAUUAUUUUAAUCCAGCAGAACGUUACUGAAUUUUCGUAAUUUGUGAUAUUUAACUUUGUUAAAAAAUAUGAAAUAGAUUUUAAAGAAUACAUUCGAACUGUAAUAAUUUUUAAUUUUUUUGAGAAGGUUAUAAUAGUUAGCCAGUGAUAAUAUACAGAUAGUAUAAAUCUUUUGUGAAAAAUUAUUUUAAACAUUAUUAUUGUAUAUAAUAAUUAACA